AUGUCUGAAGUAAUUGAAGGUAACGUUAAGAUUGACAGAAUCACCCCAGGUGAUGGUAAGACUUUCCCAAAGGUCGGUGAUCUAGUCACUAUCCACUACACUGGUACUCUAGAAAACGGUCAAAAGUUCGACUCUUCCCUAGACAGAGGUUCUCCAUUCCAAUGUAACAUUGGUGUUGGUCAAGUCAUCAAGGGUUGGGAUGCUGCUAUUCCAAAACUAUCUAUUGGUGAAAAGGCUAGAUUGACUAUCCCAGGUGCUUACGCUUACGGUGAACGUGGUUUCCCAGGUCUAAUUCCACCAAUGGCUACUUUAGUCUUCGACGUCGAAUUGCUAAAGGUUAACUAA